AUUCAUAAUCAAACUAAAUAUUGUGCAAGUGAAUUAAAUAUAAUUGAAAUAAACUACAAGAAGAAAUGGAAAUGAAUGGAGUUAUAGGAGAAUCAAGAAGAGAGCUUUUAUCUCCAUUGCCUGAAGUUGAUUCUGUUGUCAUUACUGAGUUCACCGAGUUGCCAUCAUGGAGACUCAGUAUAAACGAGUUUCAACUUCCAAAACCUACUCAUCCUUCAUUUCAUCCUCUUUUGUGUCUCAAUCCAACUAGAAGGAAACAAGGUAAGGUUGCCGAAUAUUACAAGAAACAGGAGAGACUAUUCGAAGGAUACAAUGAGAUGGAAACCAUCACUGAAACCGGUUUCUUUCCUGGAAGUCUCACAGAGGAUGAGAUGAAGCAACUUGCAAAGAGUGAGAGGUUAGCAAUAACAAUAUCAAAUGUAGCAAAUGUUGUUCUUUUUUUAGCAAAGAUAUAUGCUUCCAUAGAAAGCAGAUCGUUAGCAGUGAUUGCCUCCACACUGGAUUCACUUCUUGAUCUUUUAUCUGGAUUUAUUCUUUGGUUUACUUCUCAUGCUAUGAGAAAACCAAAUCAAUUUACAUAUCCUAUUGGAAAAAAAAGGAUGCAACCUGUGGGUAUUAUAGUGUUUGCAUCAGUGAUGGCUACGCUCGGAAUACAAAUACUACUGGAGUCAGGUCGGGACCUUGUAACUAAGACGGGGCCUAAAAUGAAUCACAAACAAGAACUGUGGAUGAUCGGGAUUAUGGUGUCGGUCACAGCAGUGAAGUUCUUUCUAAUGAUCUAUUGUCGGCGAUUUGAAAAUGAGAUAGUUAGAGCAUAUGCACAAGAUCACUUCUUUGAUGUUAUUACAAACUCUAUUGGUCUGGCAACUGCUGUUCUUGCUGUUCGAUUCUACUGGUGGAUUGAUGCAACUGGUGCCAUGAUUAUUGCUUUGUACACAAUAAGUACCUGGGCAAAAACUGUGAUUGAGAAUGUUUGGUCACUUAUUGGAAGGACUGCACCACCAGAGUUCUUAGCGAAGCUAACUUAUCUUGUAUGGAAUCAUCAUGAAGAGAUAAAGCACAUUGACACUGUCCGGGCGUACACCUUUGGUUCCCACUACUUUGCCGAGGUAGACAUUGUGUUGCCUGAAGAUAUGCCUCUGAACAUAGCACAUAACAUUGGCGAGACACUCCAAGAGAAACUCGAGCAGCUCCGUGAUGUAGAGCGAGCAUUUGUGCACAUCGAUUUUGAGUUCACUCAUCGGCCUGAGCAUAAAACAAAAGUUUGAUGACUGAUCACUACUGAUUAAAAACAAGGUUUGACAACAUAGAUAGAAAUUUCAUAUUACCUGGCUUAGUCUAGUUACAUGUUGAAAAUUUUCUAUGCCAUCUAUUUUUGUACCGGCUUGUCAUUAACUUUAGGAAUUUUCUUUUUUUUGAAAAGAACCUGAUAAUUCAGUUAUAAAAAUGUCAUUCGACAUUUUGAACAAAAUAACAAUCAAUUAAAUACAUAAUAGUUUUAAUGAAA